GGGGCAUCCAUGGGAACUCCCCCAUCUGGAGGUGAGGGUGGGGCAGGCAGUUCAGGCGAAUCUCCUCUUCAACAGAGUCGUCCACAGCAGUUCAAGCCAACAAUUCCCAAGCCAGCCUUCCCUUCGGUGCGCUCCCCGACAACUCUCGGACCAGGUAUCGGGUACUCGAUCUUCUCUCAUAGCAACCUCAGCCGUGUGUUAUCAAGCAAAACUCCUCCUCCGCUCUACCUGGGGGCUGACUCUCAUCGGGUGGAAGGGCACCCAUCUGCAAGCAGGAACAAUCUGACAUCAGCUCGCACAUUGUAUCCUGGGCUUCAGAAUUUGCCCACCGGAAGUCUGCCUGGACGUGGGCUACCAGGUUACUCCUUCCUCUCCUCCAGCCCAUCAGAAUAUACUUUGGGCGAAAGCACCCCACACCCCUUUGGCUUCCAAGGAAACACCACAGCUGCAUGGCAGCACCGAGAAUAUCCAGUGCCAGGAACAGCGGGUCGGAUUUGUGACCAGACUACUCUAGCCCCCAGCUCGCCUUCCUUGCACACACAAGUCAGUGUGAAGUCGGAGCGGGCUUCCCCCACAGCCAGCUGUUCCUCGGCUGCUCCCCAGCUCUCCACAUCUGUGCGUUCCAACCUCUACAAUGUCCCCAUGGACCUCCAUUCUCCGGAAGAUUAUAUCAAGGGUUAUCAUUACUCGUUCCUUCUCUCCAGGCCUCUGACCGAAGAACAGAAGCAACCCAGUGCUCCCUCCCAUCGCCUGCCACUGUCUGCUACAGAGGAGUGGCAGAAAUAAUCAGGGGCUCAGCUUGUUCACACGUACUCUGUGGAUGUGGCUGUAUGUACGAGCGUGCAUAUGUGCAAGAGAAAAAGCCACUCCAAAUUGCGUUCUUCUGUCAGUCAUAGUGGGGCCAGAGUGGGGAAACAACUGAUUGCAGAAUUGUACGUGCGAGAAAAGCCUCCCCUUAAAAGAAAAACUCAGGAGCUGGUAGAACAGAGCAAGUUAUUGGCAGCAGAUUUGAAACACAGAAAAGUGUCAUUCUUCUUCCCCUUGUGUAAAAAUUCUCCCAGCAAUAAGCAGUGGUGAUUCUGCUUAGGUUAGAGAUGGCUCUGAAAAACCUUUCGUCAGAAACGGUGAACUAAGGAUAAUGCUUGUCAUUGCUCGCUUGUAAAAUGGGACUUCUGUCCACAGGCAAAAUACUUUGGAGUCGCAAACGUGGCUAAUCACCAGCAUAAGUCCGCUGCCUUUAGAAAGGUGGGAAAAGAGAGACGGUAGGAGAGGAAAGAUGAGUUAAGGCUGAUAAGGAAAACUGCAUUUUUUUCCCCUACUUGUGAUGCCUCGUGCUUCAGAGAGAAGCCAAAAUAUUAAUGAUAAUAAUAAUGAUCCUGAAAUUGCAUUGCUAAGAAUAUUUUGUCCAGAGUGACACAUAAGGCUAGUGUUUGAGAAGUUUGGCCAGAUGUUUGGGAGGAAGGAAGGCCCACCUGUCCUUUGCACAGUGAUUUGUCAACUAAGCUGCACAUGAAUUGCACCCCUACUGCUGCCUGGCAGGGUAUUUAUGAAGGAGAAGUCCACAAUCUGUUGCCUCCCUACCCAGCCAUGUUUCAAAUAAGCGCUUGAUUGUAGGUUAAUGUACAUCUCGCACUGAGCUACGGUGUGAUUUGCUUGGUCUCAGCUUACUGCAGUGUGUGAAUCCAACCAGCGUGGCAUCUUAAAGCCAACUGAAGAGAAUAUCUGUAGCUGUUGAACUGUGGAGUCCUUGGUGCUCUCUGAGCUUGGUGAUUGUCUGCAAUGACGUUUUACUACCCAACUAGGUAACGUCAUCAGUGCGCGUUGGCAGAGGAAUUCUGGGAGUUGAAGUCCAUACCGCUUAAAGUCGCUAAGGUGGAGAAACUGCCAGAGCCUUUGCACCACAGAAUGCCAGCAAAGCUUCCUUUCUCCAUUAGCCCUUCUCAUUGGCCAGUCAGCCAGCCAGUGGCAGACUCAACUUGCCCGUUGCAGCCAAUCAGCAUUUGGGAGGCAUGUUCUGUGAUAGAGAAGCAUUCUUUUAAGCUGUUCUGUCUCCCCAGCUCUUUUUCUUGGAGGUCUAGUUAUUCAGAAUGGGUCAGUUUAAGUUUAGGUAAUCCCACAACAUCACUAACCAGGUCAAGGGUGUUGAGGGAGGGGGGUGUUAAAAAAGUUCAACAUGACAGCCAUGAGCACAUGACUGAAACCCUGCCCCUUUUUAUGUUUGUGAUGCGUGUAAAAAGGGGACAGGGCUUCAAUUGCACCAUUGCAGCUAUCAUCUUGACUUUUUUUGCCCUCCCCCCCAUUCCCAUAGUGGGAGAAGUUACUUUAUGCAAAUGACCGUUUGCUUUGAUUAAACUGACUGGAUCAAUUAAUCUCUUGUUGAUGUUCCAAUAACAAAUUAGCAUCCUGCCAUUAACUCAGAUGAAUGUUCCAUGGAAGCAGGGCCAUUGAAUCAGGAAGUAAGCACACAAGCUGUAUUCACACAACCCAUGGCAACACAUUUCAUCCGGGUGUGUUGUGUGAAUCCUGACUAAGUGUCUGCAGGAUCACAGCUGAGUGAUGCUGUGACAAUAGCGCUCAGCAUAAGGCUAUAUAUUAAAUUCUUGGAGCAGGCUCCGGGAGUCCACAUGCACGCACAUAGAAACCGGUGGAGCUUCAAUCACACUGUUGUGGCUGCCACCUUGACUUUUCGACCACACCCUGCGGACACCUCUGGAGCAGGCAAUUUUAUUUCCAGCAGCUAAUGGUCAAAGAAGCAGCCCAUAAGAGCAAGGAUCUGUGAGAAAAAUUUGUUAAAGGCCAGUCAUUAUCUGUGCCUUUUUAUUUUCCUCUGCUGGAACAGACGAGGCAUCUGUGAUCAAGCUGCAGGAAUCUUCCUCUGCAAUUUAAAAGUGCGUAUUUCCCCAGGAAAAGGUCCCUGGAAUGAAUAUAAAUAUAUAGGCAAAUAUAUUUUCCUUUUUUUGUGAAAUAAGAUGGAGUGUCUGGACUAUCUUUUCCUUCCAGAGUGGUUGUGGUAAUCUCUGAUCCCAAACCUUUCUUUCAUUGCCCCCAAAUUCCUUUCUGACUUAACCUGCUAAAAUUUGGUAGUCCAGAGACUAAAAAUCAGUGGCACACCUGUCACUAAGGGAAAUGCAGAGGGCUGUAGUAUAAGAUUUGAAGUAGAAUUACAUUGUUGAAGUAUAUAUCAAUUUAAAAAUAGCUGGAUAACUUCUCAAAGCCCAAAAAUAAACACAAACUUUCACGUUGCCCACAUAACUCCACCAGUUUUUUCAUCAUCACCACACCUACUGUGGCCUCAGGUACACCACACCUUGCCAGCCACCAGGAGGUCACCAACCCCUGUAAUUAAGCAAGGUACUUUGUGUAUGUUCAGAAGCAUUCUUGCCAUCUUUAAAAGAGCAUUUGUAAGGAUUCAAGCAGAACUCUUGACAAGUGGGUCAAAGUGAGAUACCUUUCAGGGUCAUUUUCCUGCUUUUUUCACUGAACUUUUUUGCAUUUUUUCUAGUUAGAGAAUGUUGGUGGAUGGGGACAAAUGUCUGCAGAUCCCAAACAUGUCAUUUUUAUGUUUCUCUGAUAAAUGGUUUGAGAGAGGGAGUUGUGGUGUCAGAGUAAAUGCAAAAUGGACAUUUUUGCCACCCUAUCAAUUGAGUACUUGACAUCUAUACAGUAUGCUGAA